AUGGAUGAUGACUGUGAGAUUGGUCGAUUACCAUUCGCUCCUCUAGACUCCAAAACUCCACAAAAGACGACAAUUUCGCCCAAUCAGAAGAAACGUAGGUUGUCAGGAUCCAGCGUGUCGGCCAGUUCCCGAAAGACUGCUCGUAGUGAGAAGAAGCAAAAAACCACAAAACAGAAGAAAGUAAAAGGAAAUGAGACCAAAGAAGACAAUCUGAAACAAAAUAGGAAGAGGAGCAGAAACACAUUAGUGGAGAAAAAGUUGGAGAGUCGGGAGAAUGAGGAGAAAGCAAGAGGUCGCAGCUGUAAGAUGACCUCAGAUGAUGAAGUGAGCUCCAGUGUUGAUGAUGACGUGGAAGUUCCCAAGGCCAAGAAGAAACCUGCUGAGGUGGUCCAGAAAAGGCUAGCAACAUUCCUGUGCAAGAAACCCACUCAACAAGCGGAGAUAUCAACAUCCACGGAGGACCCCUCUAAUGCGGAGACGGGAGGAAGUACAACAGAGGAUGUUGAUAAGAUAAAGAAGACUCGGAGUGAAAAAUGUGUUGUGUUGAAGAAUGGGAACAACUCGGAUGAAAGUGAAGAGAUUGAAAUAAAUGGAAGAAAGGAGGAGUUACACCAUUCAAGUAAAGGAGAGGAGAAAAACACCGAUGGAGAUAAGGCAAAUAAAGCAACGGACAAGGAAAUACUAACCAGGGAAACGGCAAAAAACGAUACGGGCGAAAAGAAAGCCGCAGCAACGGCAAAGAAGAGUCUGGAGACGGGCGACAAUGAUGUGCAAUGCUUGGAGGUCUCCGGCGAACGAGAGAAGACGGAAAGAAUCGAUACCCGGGCGGAAAAAUCUCUGCCGGAGGAGAAAACCGGUAAGACUGGUAAAGGCCGCGUAAAUAUAAAGAAACUCGAUAAAGGUAAAGAGAAAAAACAACUCAAAGGAAACGUAAGAAAGGGGAAACAGAGCCAGACGAGAACCAUUAUGAAGGUGAAAAUGUUUGGAAAGAUGACAGAAAGGAGAAUGAAUAAGAAGGAGAAAGAGGGUGAACUGGAAAAUAAAAGACCCCAAGGGGAGGUGAGAAACAACAUGAAUGAAGAAUGUGAGAUGAAAGAGAAAGAAAAUGAGGAUAUGGAGGUUGUAAAAGUGGAUGACAAAGUGGAGGUUAAAGACAAUGUGGAGAAGGAAGAUGAGAAAGUGGAGGCGGAAGAUGAGAAAAAAGUGGGGGAGGAAGAUGAGAAGGAAGAGAAAGUGGAAGAAGAAGAGGAGGAGGAAGAUGAAGACAAAGUGGAGGAGGAAGAAGGUGAAGAAGAUGAGGUGGAGGAGGAGGAGGAAGGUGAAGAAGGCAAGGUGGAAGAUGAUGAAGAGGAAGACGAAGAGGAGGAAGACAAAGAAAAGGGAACCAGCGAACAGACAGAAAAUGGGAAGGAAGACACCGGUGAUAAAGAUGAACACGGCGAAGAAAAGAAGACAGCGGCCAGAGAAAGGGACGGAACGAUAAAAGGCAGGGAUAACAAGAAGCAGCCAACCAAGAGAACAUUAAAGAACAAGAAAGAGAAAUGUGACGCCUCGGGGGGUAAAAAGAGUCUUAAAAACGAGUCAAAUUACACGAUAAUGAGUUUUUUGUCUAAAGUCGCCGCCAAGCCAACGACGGAGAUAAACGAAAAGAGUAAAUCCGAAAACAACGGGAGAGCCGAAGAUGAGGCGAAGGAAGGAGAGGACGAAGAAACUGAUGAUAUAGAAAUGGUGGACGAGGAUAACGUCUCCGAAGAUAUGGACGCGAGUAGAAACGACGAGGAGGAGGAGGACAUGGAGGACGACGUUCCCGGUACCACUGCAGAGUCGGAGUUUUCGUCUCCGUCUUCAAAGCCUGUUGUCUCGGGACUCAAAGUUGUGUCUGCCGUUAAGCCGAAGAAGUUGACUCCUAAGCAGUUGGAAAAGGAGGUGGAAAGGCUGCUGAAGAAGGAGGAGAGGGAGAAGAAGAGAUUAGAGAGAGAGAAAAAGAAACAGGAAGAAUUAGCUGAGAAGGAAAGAGUAAGGAAAGAAAAGGAGGAAGAAAGACUGAAGCAAAAAGAAGAAAGGGAGAAUCCCUGGGGCAGUAAGUCACCUGUCCUUCAGUAA